AUGACAGUCAAAAUCCCCUUGGCAGAAUACCUCUUCCGAAGACUCCACCAAACAGGCUUACGAGCCGUCCACGGCGUCCCAGGCGACUACAACCUCACCCUCCUCGACCAUGUCAUCCCCUCAGGCCUCGAAUGGGUAGGAAACUGCAACGAGCUGAACGGCGGGUACGCCGCCGACGGCUACGCACGUGUCAAGGGGAUCGGCGCCAUCGUGACGACAUUCGGUGUUGGCGAACUCUCUGCCAUCAAUGCUAUUGCCGGCUCGUAUGCUGAGAUGGCACCUGUUGUGCACAUUGUUGGGACGCCGAUGCAAAAUCUCCAGAGUAAGGGUGUGAAGCUCCAUCACUCGUUUUGCUCGGGGGCACCGAGAGACUACGAGCUUUUUGCGGAGAUGUAUGAGAGGGUUACGGUUGCGAAGGCUAAUUUGCUUGAUGUUGAGACUGCGCCCGCUGAGAUUGAUCGUGUUAUUCGCGCGUGUCUUGAGCAGUCGAGGCCUGUUUAUUUGCGGUUUCCAAUGGAUAUGGUGGGACAGAUGGUGCCGGAGUCGUUGCUGUCGACGUCGCUGCAGCUUCCGCCUGUUCUGAAUGAUCUUGGUCAGGAGGGCGUUGUUGCCCAGCGCAUUUUGCAGAAGAUUUUGGAUGCUAAGCAGCCGAUGAUUCUUGUUGAUGGUGGGGCUUCUCGGUAUGGUCUUUCGAGACAUGCCCAGGAGUUGGUUGAAACCACUGGGUUCCCGACUACCACUACGCCUUUUGGGAAGGGAAUCAUCGAGGAGAACCUGCCCAAUUUCCAUGGCAUUUACGCUACCGUCGGAGAUUUUGACUAUGAUUCUUAUGUCAAGGGUUGUGACUUGGUUGUCAAUCUUGGACCCGUGCACAGUAAUGUGAAUACAUACUACUUUGCGACGGUGCCGAAAGAAGACAUCACGAUCACUAUCGACAGGACAUCCAUCAGGAUUGGAGAAGAAGAAGUGGCAAUUCGACCUGGUCCUGUUCUCGACAGAGUGAUUGAAAGCUUGAGGUUUAGCGAAUCUUUCCCUGUCAAGCCCCGUGACGAGCUACCGACCUCCGACACUGCGCUUCAACAACUGCCAGACGUGAAUCCAACCGACAAAUUCUCUCAAUCCAUUUUUUGGCGUCGCAUGUCACACUUCUUCCGCCCAGGCGAUAUCCUCUUGACGGAAACAGGGACUGCAAGUCUUGGUGCACGGGACUUUGUUCUUCCUAGAGAUACAACACUCAUUAACUCAUCUGUGUGGUUAUCAAUUGGCUACAUGCUUCCAGCCUCCCAGGGCGCCGCUCUAGCCCAACGACACAUUGUCCAAUCCGCAGAAACAAAUUCACAGUCUGCCACGCCUCAAGGCCGAACAAUCCUCUUCCAGGGAGAUGGCAGCUUCCAAAUGACAGCACAGGAAAUGAGCACCAUUCUCCACAAGAAACUCGAUAUGAUCGUGUUCCUAAUUAACAACAACGGGUACACGAUUGAACGACUGAUCCAUGGACCCGAGGAAUCUUACAACGAUGUCGCGCCCUGGAAAUAUCUUGAAUGUGCCUCCUUCUUUGGGGUGGAGUCUACAGAGUCGUAUCCAACUCUCAAGGCAAGGGUUAGUACUUGGGGUGAGCUUGAUGAGGUCCUUGCGAAAAGGGACUUUCAUUCUGGGAAGGGACUGCGCAUGGUUGAGGUUAUGAUGGAGAAGGAGGACUGUAAUGAUACGCUAAGGCUUUUGCUUGACAUUUACAAGGCUAAGAAAGGGUGA